AGACGCGCAAGGAAUUAUGGGACUUUUAGUUCUCGAUGUAGGACGGUUGGCUUGAUAACACCGCGAAAGACCAAACAAGCCAUUUACCACCGAAAAAUAAAAUAUUUGCCUCGAAUUCAGCAUAAAUACAGGUUCCAUAUGUUCCCAGUCCGGGCAAUUUCGGGUGGAUUCAGCCUUCGUGCGAGCAAGAGCGGCUCACUUUGGGUAAAAAAUAAACAGGAAGUUGUUAGCGUUGUGGGACGUGUAGUUCCGCUUGUAGGCCACUGAGGUUUAUAACAACGCAUAGAAUAAAGAAACAACAUUUAAAUAUCCGAUUAUUAAGCCGAGUACCCGCGUUAAUAGGUUCGGCAUUGAAGGCAACAUGCCCGGGUUCACCUGCUGCGUGCCUGGUUGCUACAACAACUCGCACCGGGACCGGGAGCUGCGCUUCUACACAUUUCCUAAAGACACCACGCUGAGGGAGAUGUGGCUGAGGAACAUCUCCCGGGCCGGGGUCAGCGGCUGCUUCAGCACCUUCCAGCCCACCACAGGACACCGAGUCUGCAGCGUGCAUUUCGCCGGCGGGAGGAAGACGUACUCCAUCCGGGUACCGUCCCUCUUCCCUCUGCGGGGCGUCAAUGAGCGCAGGAGUCGGCGGGGCAGAGGCAGGAAAGUGUCCGCGGCGGCUCCUGCCACCGCCGCUGCAGCGACCUCCGGGAUUGUCAUUACCAACGUCCUGGGCAACACGGCAGAAGGAGCCGAGGGCAACACUGGCGGCGAGGCGAGCGACGACACCAUCACCGUGGUUCAGAUAGGCCAAAACGGGGAGUACCUGGGCACGGCGCGGCUGCCCGCACAGUCUGAGGGGACUUGUUUCUCAGCGCCGAUCGGGACCUCGGAGGAGCUGACCGCCGACGACUCAUCGGUGGAGACCGCGUCCAGCUUGCUGCAGCAGCCCGUGCAGUACGUCAGUGUCACCAGCAGCCCGCUGGACCACUCGUACUCUCUGACCACCGGCACUACGUCUGCGGAGCUGCUGCGGAAACUGAACGAGCAGCGGGACAUCAUCGCGCUGAUGGAGGUGAAGAUGAAGGAGAUGAAGGCGACCAUCCGCCAGCUCCGGGUGGCGGAGGCAAAGCUGCAGGAGGACGUGCGAGAGCGGGACAGACUGCUGUACGGGAACUCUGUGGCUGUGAGCGUACGGAAGAAAGUCUGAUGGAUGAACAAAAACUGAGACUGAGACUGAAGGGAAGACAUCGAGAUUUCUGAAGACAGUAGAUCCAGCUCUAUUUUGUAUAAAUCUACGAGCGAUGACAAUUUAUUUUCAACAAAUAGAAUCCAUAGGCCUGAUGUAAAAAAAAAAAAAGUUGGCUGGCUAGUUCAUGUAGCUUAUAUCAAAAGCCUCAUUGCAAAUUACUUAGAAACAUGCAAAAUCUCUUGACAUACAGCCAAAAAAGGUUAGUAAUAACUUAUAUCAAUACAACUAGACUCAGUGUGUGCAGAGGCUUAUACAUUUAUGAGAUGACCAAGACUGCCUAUAGUUCAUAGAAAGUUUUUCUCUUGAAGGUUUCUAUUACAAUGCUUUUAUUUCUUUACCUAUGAGCUUGAAUUAGGGGGUUGUUGCCAGAAACAUCCCACCACAUCCACGAUAGAUUUGUUGAGGUAAUGUAAAGUUUGCCAAGAUGAACUAUCGAGACUUUUGUAAACAAAACACUACUCUUGGCAGACUUUUGGUGUUAGUCAAUAAAAUAAAGCGAUACCAUGACUUGAGUUGCCUUUACAGGUGGUAUCGUAACCCUCUUAUAAGAGAUGUUUCUUGAAAACAUGCAUUCAUUAACUUUCAUUCAACUUGUUUCUGUCAAAGAAAUAUUACAUACAACUUGUUGCGCAGGUGCUUUAUGCAACUUUGAACCCGUACUUUGUCCACCGCCUGGGUUUUUCUGUGAAACACCAGCUGGUUAUCUCAAUGUAAUUCAUGGUUGAAUUUGAUGUGCCUGUUUAUGGUCAGAUAUUUUUCUCCUGCAGAUGUUUGGUGACUGCUUCUCCCAGUUCAUCAGUGUUUUGUGCAGGGUGUUACAUACAUUUCUGAUUUUGUUUUUUAACUUGGUCUGACAUUAUUGCUCCGCUGUCAUUUUGAAGUAAAUUUUAUUUUGUAAUAGAGCCGAUUAAUAGUAAAUAAUUUCUCCACUCAUCAAACGUGUCAUUGCAUAGAUACUGAAACAGGAUGUCGACCAGAAGAUAAACAGGAUAUUAUUUAUGAUUUAUCAUCAAGUUGUGGCGCUACUCCUGGGUUGCAGUCGGGAUAAAGUUAGAAUUUCCGGACUGUCGGACUGUCUUAUGGAGUAUUUUUGUUUUUAGUUAAAUCAAGUUGUGAGGUUUUGAACACAUUAAAUAUUUAAACCCUGUGAUGGGAAAUAAAUAGUAACUCAAACAUCUUAACAUUGACACCCUGUUUGAAAAAAAAAAAAGCAUAUUCAAAGCCUGGAGAAGUGAAAGAGUUAAUUUGAAAGAAUUAAUGGUAAUUUAAAGUUUAGGAAAAGUCUGGAAAUGUUAUUGUUUGCGAUGUAAGUAAAUGUUUUUACAAUUGGGGUGAAUGGUCACAUUAAAUCACGCUUUAAUAUGUCAGUGUUAGAAAGAAAGCAUACUGACAAGAUAUUACCUUAUUGAUAUAUACAGUUUGCAAUGAAUCUUUCAGUUGUGCAAUACUGAUGAAGUGCUGAUAGCUCAUGUUUCAGUGAGGUUUGGAAUUAAGGUUAGAUUUACAAUCAUUUAUGUAUCAAUGUCUGACUCAGUUAUAUGUCAUUUAGACCUUAGCUUUUUUUAAACUAAUAAAAAGAAAGUAUUCAUUACAAGCCA